AUGGACUUCAAUAAUACAGGGGGAAUGAGGAGCCCAUUUUCUCCUCGGAUUAAACAAGCUAGAAGACCUAUAGGGCUCGCAUCGGCUAAAAAAGCCCCAAGUAAUUACAUGCAGUCACCGGGAGGGCAACAGACGGGAGAUGUAAUUUAUAAAACUCCUUCAAUGACUUUAGAGACUUUUGGAUUGCCUUUGCCUGUAAUGGUUACCGAGGCACUUACCUUUGCGAGUGGUGAUGUUAGUGCCCGUAUGUCUGCUUGUGGCUGGUGCUGGGUAGUUGCUGGGCGCCGUGUGCUCACAUGGCCUUAUCAACCUGCACUUGCUGCAGCUGCACGAGAACUGACAUUACCACAAACAGAUCUUGCGCAUAAGGCUAAUCUUGUUGUGCUCUUCUAUGAUGGUGAAGCACAGCUGCCAUCUUGCAUUGGCGUAUCGCCUGAGGGAGUUGUCCGUUAUUGGCCAUGCAUUGGUCAGGAAGGUGUAUAUGUUGAUAUUUCGGCUGAGCUAGCUGGACAGGAGUGCGAGCAGCUUGGUGAACCAACAAAAAGUGGUUUAGUGCUCGCAACCACGACCUGCACUGUUGUACUACUUACUCCUACUAUGACAGAUGGUCGCCCUACAGUGACAUGUCAGACACUGAGACCACCGAGUGGCUGGCUUGGAGGAAUUGGGCGUCGUGUUUCAUUACUGUUUUUUGGAUCUAUGCCUGCCCAUGCUGAAACUAAGCUGGUGGGCGUGGUGGUGCUGAGCGGGCGGGGCUCGUCGGAGGGCGGCGGGCCGGAGCAGCAGGGCGAGUGCGUGGCGCUGGUGGCCAGCGGGCCGCUGCUGCAGCUGUGGCGCGGCGCGGAGCUGCACGAGCACCACCUGCGGCGGCCGCUCUGCGACGCGCUCGCCCGCGCCCACCUCGCCCCCCAAGUCGAUCUGAACAGCCUCGAGAUAAUGGCCUUGGAUGUGCAUCCCAGCGGACCGAAUAGUCUGAUGCUGCUAAUUGCCUCAGUGAAUGUGGCCAGGUCGCCAGAGAGGCGAUACGCAAUUGCGAACGUGGACGUGGAGGAGGCGCACAACCCGCGCGUGACGUCACUGCAGCCGCUGCAGGCGCUGCAGGCGCUGCAGCCGCCGACGGCGUCGCAGGCGCCGCAGUCGUCGCUGCAGCCCGACGCCGAGCCGGAGGAGCCGCCGCGCUGCCUGCCGCUGCCGCCGCGCGCGCUGCUCUACACCAGCUCCUACGUCGCACUAGUGCCGGCCCUGGGAGCGGGUGGGGGAGCGAGCGGCGAGGGCGGCGAGCGGCUGGCGCUGCGGGCGGAGGGCGACGUGGCGCUGGGCGCAGCCCUGUGCGGGGGCGCCGCGCUGCUCUUCAGCCGCCGCCACGGGCUGCUGGCGCUACGCACACCGCGUCCGCAGCCGGACACCCACCAAUUAUCGAUGUGCGAGAGUCCAGUGGGCUCACCGGGUCCCGCGGACAUGUACGACGGCAACCUGUCAAUGUACGAAAUCGACCCGCACGAGGUGCUGCCGCUGGCGAGCGACCCGCUCGACAAGCUGAAGGUGGCGUUCCUGUUCCACGUGCGGCGCGACCCGGCGGCGGCGCGGCUGCUGGCCGAGGAGUUCGGCGCGGGCGGUGCGGGCGGCGGGGCCGGCGGGGGCGAGCGGGUGGACGCGCCGCUGGACGUGGCGGCGGCGGGCGCGGCGCGCUCGCUGCUGGACGACGCGCCGGCCGGGGACCCGCGCUGGCGGGGCGCGCGCCGCCCGCGGCUGGCGCUGGGCGCCUCGGCCGCGCUGCAGCUGGCGGCGCAGCUGCGCGACAAGGCGCAGGCCUUCGCGCUCUUCCUCGACUUCCUGCGCGCGCACGGCCUCUGGCGGCGCCUGGCCUCCGUCAGCAGAGAGAGCGGCGACGGCGUAGUUAGCACGCAGCAGUUGCUGGGCGUGUAUGGUGAGCGGCUGGCGGCGGCGCGCGCACUGCGCCGGCUGCAGGAGGAGGACCCGGAGGGCGCGCCGCUGCUGGAGGCGGCGUGCCAGCGGCUGGCGCGCGACGAGCCGGAGGCCGAGCUGCUGCCCGCCGCGGACGUGGCCUUCCGCCGCGUGUCGCGCGUGGAGCGGCUGCUGCGCGCGCUGGCGCAGGCCGCCCCGCCCGCGCCCGACGCGCGCGCCGCCGCCGCGCACGCCGCCGCCGCACUGCGCCUGCUGGCGGUACGGCCCCUCCCGCGCCGUGGCCUGCCUAUAGCCGGUCCCGAUCUGAAACGAACGCCGCCUCGUGUCGUCCGCAGGAGGCGUUGCGCGCCGCGCAGGCGUGGCGCGCGCAGUGGGCGUCUGGCGGCGGGACCCCCGCGCCCCCCCCCCUCCCGCGCCGCCCCUCGACCCCGCCACGCGCCCCGCCCUCGCGCACCUGCACACGCGCGCCCUCACGUACGUGCUGCCUCGCCCCCACCACUUAUAUAUAUUACACAUUUUGAUUAUUUCUUC